AUGCUGAUCCAAGGCUGGGCACGUGCUGGAGAGUUGACCCUUGCUGCGAGGUGGAUGGAGCGGCUUUGCUCUUCGGGGCACCGGCCCAACGAGGGCUGCUUUCUGGCACUGCUGGUGGCCUUCUGCCAGCGGAAGGACCUCAACUCGGCGGAAGCCACAGUGCAGGAGAUGGUCCAGGAGUACCCCCAUUUGCGGCCGCAGGCCCAUACCAUCCUGGUGGACGCCUAUGCCAAGGAGGGCAACCUUCAGCGUGCAGAACAUUGGAUGCGACCGAUCGCACAAGAUGGCGAAGCCACCGUGGUGAGCUACGGAGCUAUUUUGGACGCCUGCGCCAAGACGUCCCACGCCGUGAAAGCCAUGGAGUGGCACGAGCGGAUGUUGACGCAGAAUGUGAGACCGAACAAGCACACCUCUACUGCGCUGCUGACUGCUCUUGCUAGCUGCGGCUACCUUCAGGAAGCUUUGGAGAUCUUGAAGUCAAUGGGUGCAUAUGGCCUGGUGGGAGAUGCAAUCACUUACACCUCCUUGCUGGGCGCAUGUGCCAAAGCGAGGGAGGUUGAGUGUGCGGAGCAAGUGUUUGGGCUGAUGCAAGAACGUGGGAUCCAGCCAAACAUCCUCACCUACACCUCAUUGGCCCGAGCAUAUGCAAAUUGUGGGAAGUGGCAGAAGGCGGAGAAGUUGGGUAUACGGAUGGAAGGCGCAGGACUCCGCAUGAACGAUUUCUUCCUUUACGCCCUGCUCUUGGCCUACGGCAUGGCCUAUCCCAAGCAAGAGAAGCGAGCGGAAGAGACCUUUCUUCGCGUGGAGUGCGAGGAUUGCCACAACAACCUGGCGGAGAAGGGCGGCCUUUCAGCCUUGGUGGAGCAGCUGGACUUUAGCUCGCUGGAUGUCAAGAAGGACCAUGACCACGAUCUCUUGCUCGAGGCAGUGUGGAAUCUCGAAGAUCUGAUUGUGCACCAAGAUGGCCACCCCUUGGAACGCUUCUGUUACCUGGCGGUUGAGGCCGGUGCCAUUGAGAAGCUGCAGAAGCUACGGGAGGUGGGCGCCGGCGAGCUGCUUCUUGCAGUCGAGAAGUUGCUCGACACCCUUAACGCCUUCAUGCCGGACACCAAGGGCUAA